GGAUGAUGCCCAGGAGCAAACGCACGCCGUCAAUAAAGAUUUAUCCAAACAUCAGCAGGUGGUGAAGAAGAUGAAACAUAAAAUCUCUGCGCUGAGACCUAAACAUGUCCUCCAACUCCUCCACAAAUUCCCUCAUAAUUUGCUCAGAGUCCAGACCUGCCGUCCUCCUCUUCAUCGCCUUCUCUGUCUCCAACAUCUUCUUAAUUCCACUCUUCAUCUACACCCUCUGCUUGGGCGUCCAGAGAUGUAGGACACAACGGUCUGGAUCUACCAGCUACCUGGACAUCUUCACCUACAACGUGGUGGUCCUGGAGCUGCUGAGUCUCGUGGGAUGUUGCUGUUUGUGUUGCGGCGCUCUGAUGAGCGUUCAGACUCUGGUGUCGGCGGCGUACGCCAUUUUCUCCCUCACCUCGCCAGGACAGUCGUAUUUUCACGUCCUCACGUGCGUGGAGCGCUACGUGGCCGUGGUGUAUCCCGUCGCCUAUAGAAGUCUCAGACACAGCGGGACCAGGACCAGGACGGCGGUGGCGGGGGGCAUCUGGCUGCCGUGUUUGGUGAAUUAUGGUCUGGACUGUUUGAUCAGCCCGACGGCUGUCGUCAUCAAAGAAUCCUGUUUUUUCACUCUCUUCGUCAUCAUCGUAACAUUCUGCAGCUUCUCGGUUCUCAUGAUUCUGAUUAACCCAAAACCAGGUGAAAGGGGCGGGGACACCAACCGCACUGACCAAUCAAAACGGAGAGCUUUCCACGUCAUCACACUGAUCAUGGGAGUUCUGUGGCUGAGGUUUCUGGGGGUUCUGGUUGGUGCUGUGGCGUCAGGUGAAACUCUCUCUCAUGCUCACUGCGUUCUGGCGGCGUCGACGUCCUUCCUGACCACACCUGGCAGUCUGGUGUUACCGCUGCUGUUUCUGAAACGAGCCGGAAAAAUGCAGCGCUGCAAAUGAAACGUUCACUAAACGUUGCAUUCCCUGUGAUAAUGCUAGUGUGAACGCUUUUGGUUGAACGUAGUCGCUGAAGAUGAAAAAUGGGGACGUAACUUCAGGGAUUUAAUGAAAAUGCAAAAGCUAUUUAACAAAACAUUACAUUUGCUAAAAGACUGGAGUUUGUUAAAGAACUAUGAAAGAGCGCUUAAGUUUAACUAAAUUUCGGAACAUUUUUUAGUAAAAUUGCUUAAAAAUGUUCCGCGUUGCUGUCAGUCGUAAAUACUGAUAAACACCUACAGCGCCCUCUAGAGGUUGUUAGUCGGGAAAACAAUGAACAUACGAACCAAUAAUUGAUUUCAUGAAUCACAUACGGAGUAUAAUCCUUGGCCAAACUCUCCAAAAAGACGUGACGCAUACUCUAAAAAAUACAAUAUGUAUGUAAAAAGCCUAGUCUUCUUGACUUGUGUGCCACAACAGGCUGUAAAAUGUCAAAGAUGGGCCGGACCAGAACCAGAUAUGUGACGGUUUUUGGUAAUCCGCCUCAAGAGGAAGAAACAACAUGGAUAUGGACAAAAACAUGCUAAUUUUGACUAUAAAUUAUAUAUUUUACGAGUUUAUUUUAAUUAAUACAUUUAAAAAAAAAACAGUGAAACAGUAAAUGUUUAGUCAUUAUAAAGGCAAACACUUGUUUUACUUUUAUUUUUUCAUUUUCUGGAUAUUCUUCUAGAUAAUUCAUGUGACUUUCUAUAGUGAAUAGAUUUAACAGUCAUGAACCUAAACUAGAGUCAAUUAACUAGAUUAGAGUCUGAUUUCUACAUUGUGCAUGCAGUUUGCAUUAACCCAUGUGAGCGUCUGCAGGUGGUUUGAAUGCUGUCGAGCAAAAUGACUGAUGAAAAGAAACAUUUCCUUUCAUAUGAAAAUACUGAAAAAAGACCUAUUAAUCUUUAAUUGUACAGAGUCUUUUAGAUCACUUAUACAACUUUACAUUCAGAUGCAGAAGUUUUUCUUUAUAACUGUUUUUUGUGUGUGUGGAAAUGUUUAAUAUCCAUUGAUUUAGUACAACCCCAGCUUCUUUUUUUUAAUAUAUUGCACAAUAAUUAAACAAUUGACCUGAAACAGUCCAAAAAUCUCAAUUCUGAGUUGCAGAUUUUGUCCUUUUUAACAAUAGAAAUAAUAAAAUCUGAGAAGUUUGAAGUUAUUUAACAAAGAUAAAACACGCAGAGACACAAUAGUAAAGGUAAACUUAAAAUGUUUUAAAAAGAAUUAAGAAUAACAACCAAACUAAUGGGAUGUCAUGGUUCUGUCAUUUUUAUAUGAUUGUAAGCAGAUGAUGUCGUUGACAAACUGACCAAUUUACAGACCUUCUCAGUUAUUAAAAGAAGCUUGUUGAUAAUUGUAAAAACUCUAUUAUUAAAAGAAACAAAAGUA